GAUUGCCAACGAAAAAAAAAGGGAAAAAAAAAAAAAAACAAAGCGAGAGUUCUCUCGCGCCUUUUUUCCCCUGUUUGCUUACUGAGAAAGUAAAAGAAAAUGCGAGAAGAUGCUACUACGGAACCCGCUAUCAAGCUUUUCGGCAAGAAAAUAACUCUGAAUACCGACGGUCAGCCUCCAUUGAUUUCCGCCGACGACUUGCCGUCAUUGGAGAGAGUGGAAGUAGUAGAAGAAGAUGAUGAGAAAGCAGAGAAGGAUAUUCCAGCGAGGAUAGUCCCUGAUACAGCAGAAGAAAAUAACGUUCCACUGCUGGGCGCAGAGGAGUCUGCAGAUCCAGAAACUAAUGCGAACCCCAAAACACCUUCUAUCAAUGAAGAAUCUGCAAAAUCAAAGAGUUCCGAAACAGAGAAAGAACAGAAUUAUGCAAGCACCCCGCAAGAGAAAAUCCUCAAGAAGCCUGACAAAAUACUUCCAUGCCCGCGGUGCAAAAGCAUGGAUACCAAAUUUUGUUACUUUAACAAUUACAAUGUCAACCAACCGCGCCAUUUCUGCAAAGCCUGUCAGAGAUAUUGGACUGCUGGUGGUACCAUGAGGAAUGUCCCGGUGGGCGCUGGACGUCGCAAGAACAAGAACUCUGCCUCUCAUUAUCGUCACAUGACCAUUUCUGAGGUGCUGCAAGCUGCUCGGAUUGAAGCUCCUAAUGGAACACACAACCCUGCACUGAAAACUAAUGGUAGAGUCCUUAGCUUUGGCUUGGAUGCACCAAUAUGUGAUUCCAUGGUUUCUGUAUUAAAUCUUGCUGAUAAGAGGGUUCUGAAUGGCUUUCAUAAUUUGGAAGAACAGAGGAUUCCAGUUCCUUUCAAAGGUAGAGAAAAUGGUGAUGAUUGUUCAAGUGGAUCUUCUGUGACCGUUUCCAAUUCAAUGGAGGAAGGAGGUGCGACUUGCUCGCGAGAACCUCUUAUGCAGAGCAUCAAUGGCUUUGCUUCUCCACUCCCAUGUCUCCCUGGUGUUCCCUGGAAUUCUGCAUUGCUCCCUCCACCUUUUUGCCCACCAGGAUUUCCAAUGUCAUUUUAUCCUCACUUCUGGAAUUGUGGUAUUUGGAACACCCCUUUGUUGUCUCCGCAAUCAUCUUCUUCUUCAUCAAAUCAAAGGGCUCCCUCUGGUAAUAAUUCUACUUUGGGAAAGCACUCGAGAGAUAGGUACACACUUAAGUUAGACGAUUUUGAGAAAGAAGAGCAGCCAACAAAGCUUAAAAAUGGAUGUAUUUUAGUUCCCAAAAUUCUAAGGAUUGAUGACCCAACUGAAGCUGCAAGAAGUUCCAUAUGGGCAACUCUUGGAAUCAAGAAUGAAUCUUUCACUGGGGAAGGACUGUUCAAGGCCUUCCAACCAAAGACUGAUGAAAGGAAACAUGUUGCUGAAACCUCUCCGAUACUGCUGGCAAAUCCUGCUGCUGCGUCUCGAUCCAUAAACUUUAAUGAAAAUUCUUAAAAUGUCGGCAUGUAGACCAUAGAUCAAGUUAGCAAGUUAACUGACUGAGACAAAAGGAGUAGAGGGACAAAACUCAGGUUUUGGAGGACUUAAAAUGAAGGUCUCGUGUGACUAAUUUUCUUCUUCUGAUACUACGAACAGAUGGCUCUUGGUUUGCUGGAUUUGUGUUCAUGUAAAUCUAUCUAUACAUGUGAUAUAUGGGCUAAGGUUGGAGAAGAAUCCUUAGAUGCAGCGAAAAUCUCUACAGCUGCACUCAAGUUUUUCAUACUAUAGCUAGAAACUUGGAUCGUUUUUUUCCAUUUUCCUUGCCAUUCUAAACAAUAAACUGAAGUCUUCCUUUCA